AUGCCCCCAAUCAUCCCUUUGCUACCCGCGCCUGGUGCUCCUCUUGUCACGCCUGUAGUCGCCGGCACCGCUAAUACACAAGCGCUCGUCACUGCUCAAUUCGAUACUUGGCUCAUCUACCUCAAUGGCCUCUCCCCCUUCUAUGCGGGCGACUUUGGCCCCAUCCGCCAGCUCAUGCUCGAGUGGAUGGAGCUUGAGCAUCGUGGAGAACUGGGUCCGCGUCUUAACCAGUUUCCGGCUCUCGCGGACUUCAAUAGUUCCAUGGACGCCGUCUUACUUGCGGCAGUCGACACUUUGAAGAAACACCCGAGCGGUAUCAACACUAUGCCUGUGUUCAUCGCUGACGUGUUCACUCUCUACGGGCUACGUCUCGCAUGCGCAAAGCAGGAGCUUGGCCGCUUCGAGGACGGGGUCGCGCUCGUUGCGGACGUCAGGCGCCACAUGGAACACAUUAACGACCUCGUCGCCUUCUUAGCCCCUCGCAUGCGUUGGGAGCACUACGCGCAGCCGCGCGCCCGCGAAUCGGUAGCGGGACUAGUCGGGUCUGUGUUUGCAACCCUCGGUCUCCUCCGCAACCUUGCAGGGAAGAAGGAGACUUGGUACGAUCGUCUGCAGGCCCCAGAGACAUUCGGGUACCUGGACAUCGUGUACUCGGUCCUCGAACGACAGCCCUUGCCACGCGCGGACGCAGACGUCAACUUCAACGCCAUUCUGACCGUAGCAGAGCGGCUGUCAGGCCCCAUCUGCUUCGCGGAGCAGCAGCUUGCCUGGGUCAAGCAUCUCAAGUCUAUCGGGCUUGUGUCGCGUAGCGAGCUGAAGCUGUCCACUCGUCAACUGGUCGCUCUUCGCGCACCAGCCGCGAUGAACGUCGAAAUGGCCGUCCGUUGCUGGCGCACGGAAUGCGACCAAGAAUACAAUCCGCUCAAGGUCAAACGCUGCAGCCGAUGCAAGCGCGUGUGGUACUGCUCUCAGGAAUGCGUGCGCUUGUACGCGACUCUCUUUGCCAUUCGGUCGUCUUCUCGUACUGACAUAAAGCGUUUGAGGGACUGGCCCGAGAAGCACCGCCCGGUUUGCACUACCCUCAAGCUCAUCCAAGAGACGCUUGCAGACGAAGCUCGCCAGGAGGAGUUCAAACCCUGGUAUAGGGUAUUGUAG